AUGGACAAGCUAAACUCUAACCUUAACAUAACUUUACACAAUAGUACAGUUAGAAGAUAUUUUUAUGAUGUAGAUCUUAGCAGUUAUUCUACAUUAGAUGAAAACCUGGAUUCUAAUGAUUAUAUCAAUAUUUUAGCUAAUAAUUUUAUACCAUGGGUUAGUAAUUAUCCUAACUCUAUAUUUCAGCAAGACAGAGCCUUAU